AUGCACAAGAUCUCCAACUUCACGGGCCAGGCCCGUCAUGGUUGGGAACGAAUGACGCCGACCUUUGGGAUGUCCAGACCACACACCGACAUGACCUUUCGCCGGCCACACGGUGCGCCCCCUAUGACGCCGCCGACGAGCAUCGAUCCGACCGUCAACCUGUCCUUCAACGUCCCCUUCUCCUCCACGUUGGCUGGUCCCGACGUCGAGGAUGUCCUCCACGCCAGUCCCAACGCCCUGCAGCGCUGGACCUUCCCCGAAGGCACCCCCGAGGGCACCCCCGUCCACCAGCUACCCGUACACACUAGCAAUGUCGACGGUCUACGGAGGUUAUGCCGACAGAUUACGGAAAGCAGUGCUGGUCGUAUUGAGGCUACCCUCACGUCCUCAGAGCCCAAGGCAGUGCCUUCGCUACAACGGCGGCCAAAUGGCUUGGUGACCAACGUUUGUGUGACCGGUGAUGGGGAGACCGUACGGAAGAUGCGGGCUAAGAUCUUGAAUGAGACCCCGAUCAUGUUGCGAUGCGCGACCGUCGACGUGGAUAUGCACUUGAUUAUGGAUGGAUCUCCCAAGGGGAUCCGAGCGAGCGUGCUUGAGCACAUGGACACCUUGGCCGCCUACACCGGGACCGACAUUUUCUUGCUGACACCCAAGCUCCACGACGCUGACAGCGCAGUCGUCUCGUCCUACGGCUAUGCAUCUGAUAACGGACUCGAGCAGCGUUUCCGAGUCGCUAUCUACGGUGACAUGGAGAGCUCGGAGCACGCAAAGACACGGGUUCUGAUCAUGAUCGAUCAAAUUCUGAAACGCCAUGUGGACGCCAUCAAACUGGAGCUGACCAUGCAUACCCUGGUCUGUGGACGGACUCGCAAAAACAUUAAGCUUAUCGAAGCUGCUACCGGCACCGCCAUCUACUUCCCUCCUCCGUUUCCCCGAAUCUUCGGUUAUACCCCUCCCGGUGCGAGCCGUCGAAGCGAAGACGAAGUCUAUAUCACGGGAGACACACCGGAGCAGAUUGCUCGUGCGAAGCAAAAGUUGCGGGAACUGGUCUUGGGAGUGAAAAUCUACGUCAAGGAUGUCGUUGUCAACUCCAGCAAGAUCGACAACAUCUUGCUCGAUCGCUUGGAUAAGGUCCGCAAAGUGAUGGAAAUGAACGGUUCCUACGUUCUUUUCCCACAGUUGGGCAGCCAGCGGGGGCUUGUCCGGAUUCAGGGCACUGAGGUUCUGCAUGUCGAGCGGACCGUCCGGGAGAUCAUGGCUCUGGCCGGUCAAUUCUACAGCGCCUCUUGGUGGAUCCUCAUGCCCGACCCUGCCCAAGGUGGCAUUCGAGCCCCUUCAACCGCUGACAUCCGUUCCAUGCUCUCGGAUAUCUGCACCAACUCCGAGGCAGAGGUCAGCUUUGAUAACCUGACGUUCACCAUCAAUGGAUCCGACGAUGCGGUCAAGGCUGCCAUGACUGUCGUGAAUCAGAUCCCUUUCGUCACUCGCAGCCAAUACCAGAUGCGAGUCAAGAUCGAGCUCGCCAACGAGCACAAGGAAUUUGUCAGUGGCAAGAAGAACGGCAAGAUCAACAAGAUCAUGGGCCAGAGCAACGUUCAAAUUAUCUUUGACGGCUUCAAUGAGUACAACUUCUACAUCGACGUGUGCGGGAACCAGUACGACUCUACCAAGAACGGAUUGGAUCUUGUUGAGCAGGAGAUGCCCGCCUCCAUCUCAUUCCAUGUUCCGGACCAGUACCACAAGCGGAUUAUCGGCAUUGGUGGACAGCACAUCCAGCGGAUCAUGAAGAAGUACUCGGUAUUUGUCAAGUUCUCCAAUGCCAUGGACCGCGGUGGAAUGGGCAAGGAGGAUGACGACAUCAAGGUUGACAAUGUCAUCUGUCGGACCCCGGCCCGCAAUGCCCAGAGCUUGGACCUGGUGAAGCAGGAGAUCAUGGACAUGGUCGAGAAGGUUGACGCCGAGUAUGUCUCCGAGCGAGUCGUCAUCAACCGCCUCUACCAUCGUGAGCUCUUGGCUCGCAUGACCGAGAUCGACGAGCUGGAGAAGAAGUGGAACUGCAAGAUCGAGUUCCCCAGCACCGAGCUUGCCAGCGAUGUCGUUACCAUCUCCGGUCCGGAGUACCAGGUGCCCCAGGCUGUUGAUGCUCUCCUCGGCAUGGUUCCGGAAAGUCACGAGCUGCACUUCCAAAGCUCCUCGGAGCUUCAGGAGUACUUCAAGUCGCCGGACUUUGUCGCGGACGUUCGGACCAAGCUCAAGGAGCAGUAUGAAGUUGACAUCAAUGUCGACACCGCUGCUGAUCUUCCCACUCCUAAGGAGGAGGGCUCAUCCUCCCCCGAGCCCGCUCCGGAAGAUCGCGUCGUGCUUGGCUACACUCGCAACAAUGCGGGUGGUCUUAAAGACGCCAUUGACUUCCUGAUCUCCCGCCUCGUCGCUCAUGGCCUCGACGCCAACACCGUCAAGGGUGCUAUUCCUCGCCCCAAAUCGGACUCGUUCGAGGAGUCACUUCCCUUCUUCGACUCGAAGCUGUUGCAGCACGCUCCCGCCCCUCUUGUGACGGACUCUCCCACUCGACCCAGCUUCGCUGAUGAGACUAGCGAGCGCGGCUCAAUCUUUGAGCGUCUGCGCAAGCCGGGUAGCAUUUCGUCCUUCUCGUCCUUUAUCGGGCGCAAGAACCACUCGGCGUCCCCCGGCUCCUUCUUCAAGCAUGCCUCGAGCAACGCCUCGAAGGCCUCGCUCGUCUCGAUGGAGUCGCGGGAUAGUGGCUACCGCAACCCCUGGAACGACUCCGGGGUGAACCUGCCCGAGGACGAUGUGCCCGUUCUCGGCAGCUCGCACAGCCACAAGAGCAGCAGCAGCAACAAUGGCUGGCCCGCGCGCUUCGACACCAAGUUUCCUUUCGGUACGGCGCCCGGGGACAUGACACCCAAGCAUGACCCGCGCGCCUCUUUUGACAGUGGUCGCCCUAGCACUUCGAAUUCUACUUCUGGAUACCCGGCCCCGAUUGGGCCACCGCGUUAA